AUGCUUGGUAUUAAUAAUCAAGUCGUUUCUUUUGUUUCACCACCACCACCAACAACAACAAUCGAAGCGACUGAUUUAGAAGAUGGUCAUCCAAAUCAUCAACUGUGGAAUAAAAUGACUGAUAAUAUAGGACGUCAUUCAUUUUCUAGUCGUAUUAUAUUCAUAUUUAUUUUAAAUACAUUUUUAUUUCAUAAUCCAUUACAUGGUCAAGAUUUAUGGAUAGAAAAGACCAAAGAUGAUACUAUUGAAAAUGCAAAUUUCUUACGCAGUGAUUCAUCAAUAAAUACAGUUGAAGAUUUUCUUGAUACAUUAAUUAAUUCAAGUCAUUAUGAUAGACGUAUUCGGCCAUUUUUCGAUCAACAUAAAGCAUGUAAUGUGACAAUGACUAUUCAUAUUAAUACGAUUUCAGCUAUCAAUGAAGUUAAUAUGGACUAUAAUACAGAUUUAAUUUUUCGUCAAUCAUGGUAUGACCCUAGAUUGAAUUAUUCUGGUACAGAAUGGGCAAAAAGAUCACCAGAGAUUACAUUACAUUAUUCACUUAUCGAUCGUAUUUGGGUGCCUGAUUCAUUCUUUCGUAAUGCUAAAGAAGGUAAACGUAGUGAUAUAACAGUACCUAAUCGAUUGAUUCGUAUUCAUCGUGAUGGAAAAGUACUUUAUAGUCAAAGACUUUUACUUAAACUUGAUUGUCAAAUGAAAUUACAAAAAUUUCCACUUGAUAAUCAAACAUGUGUUGUUAAUAUUGGCAGUUAUGCUUUUGGCACAAAAGAUUUAUCAUUUUAUUGGGAUGAAACUCCUAAUACAAGUGCUAUUCGAGUUAAUGAAGAUCUUGAAAUGCCCGAUUUCGUAUUAAGUAAUUUUGAACAACGAUAUUGCAAUCGAACAACAGCAACAGGCAGUUUUACAUGCCUUCUUGUUGUUCUUCAUUUAAAACGUUUAUUUGGUUAUUAUCUUGUUCAAGUUUAUAUUCCAUCAAUGCUCAUUGUUAUUCUUUCUUUUGUUUCAUUCUGGAUCGACCAUAAGUCGGUUCCAGCUAGAAUUUCAGUCGGUCUUUUAACUGUACUUACAGUUACGACUCAAAGCUCAGGUAUUCGAUCUCAAUUACCACGUGUAUCAUAUAUAAAAGCAAUUGAUGUCUGGAUGUCAGCAUGUCUUGUUUUUGUUUUUGCUGGUUUACUUGAAUAUGCACUUGUUAAUGUUAUUGCUCGUAAAAAUGAAUUAAGACAACAAGUUCGUUUUUCCAGAGAAGUUAUUGGUAAUCGUCUUGCUCAAGUACAUUUCUAUAAAAAAGAUGAUACACAUCAAACUAAUAUUGAAACAACGGAAACACUUGCUCGUAAAACAAGUGUUACCGAAAAAAAUUUACGUAGUGGAAGUAUCACUAGUCCACUUAUUCAGAAUUCAGCAAUUUCCAAUACUACUGCACCUUCACAAACACCACAGGUUAUCUUGUCACAACAAGCACCGGUAUCGAAAACCGCUAAACCUAUUCGUGACACUGCACAAUUAGUUGAUCUUGUCUCAGCUAUACUUUUUCCUGUUGCCUUUAUUGUAUUUAAUAUUAUCUAUUGGAUGGUUUAUCUUAAUAUGCAAGUUGAGUAUGUUUUGAAAUAA